AGGAGAGAGGAAGGUUAUUUAUGCCUCAGCAGGUCUGGAGGUAUGGAUCUUACAGCGAUGGCUUUCUACAAAGUGAUGUGUUUGGCUGCUGGGCUGAUGCUCCUGACCCAAGAGUCUGAGUCACAGCUGGAUGUUUGUGGUCAGCCAAAGCUCAACACCAGGAUUGUAGGAGGACAGGUGGCCCCUGUUGGCAGCUGGCCCUGGCAGGUCAGUCUGCAAAGAUCUGGGUCCCACUUCUGUGGAGGAUCCCUCAUUAACAGUCAGUGGGUGCUGACUGCUGCUCACUGCUUUCAAACCAGUACUCCAACCGGUCUGACUGUGACUCUGGGCCUUCAGAGUCUACAGGGAUCUACUACCAAUGCAGUGUCUCGGACAGUAACACAGAUCAUCAACCAUCCAAACUACAACUCUGGUACCAACGACAACGACAUCUGCCUCCUGCAGCUCUCCUCAUUUGUGAAUUUCACCAGCUACAUUUCUCCCGUCUGCCUGGCAGCUUCAAACAGCACCUUCUACAGCGGUGUUAACAGCUGGGUCACCGGCUGGGGCAAUAUAGGAAGUGGAGUGUCGCUUCCUUCUCCACAAAACCUGAUGGAGGUGGAGGUUCCUGUUGUGGGAAACAGGCAGUGUAACUGUAACUAUGGAGUGGGAAGAAUCACUGACAACAUGAUCUGUGCCGGGUUAAGUGCAGGAGGAAAGGACUCCUGUCAGGGGGAUUCAGGAGGUCCAAUGGUGAGCAAGCAGAACGGUCGCUGGAUUCAGGCGGGAGUCGUCAGUUUUGGGGAAGGUUGUGCUGAGCCGAAUCUUCCAGGAGUCUACGCCAGAGUAUCCCAGUACCAGACCUGGAUCAACAGCCAGAUCUCCUCCAACCAGCCGGGCUUCAUGACGUUCACGUCUACUGGGACCAACAGUGACCUCAGUGUUACCUGCACAGGACUGCCACCAGUGCCAACCACCACUACAACUACCACCACUACCCCUACAACCACCACACCUACUACCACCACCACUACCCCGGUGGUCUGUGGACAAGCUCCAAGAAAUUCUGGGAUUGUGGGAGGAACCUCAGAUGUGACAGCCGGCUCGUGGCCGUGGAUGGCGAGCUUACAGAAGAAUGGAAGUCACGUGUGCGGUGGGACUCUGGUGGCCUUGGACUCAGUGCUGAGCAACGCCAACUGUUUCUCAAGCUCCCCUGUAGCAUCCGAGUGGACUGUCGUGUUGGGGCGUCUGAAGCUAAAUGGAUCCAACCCCUUUGAGGUGACGCUGAAUGUGACAAAUAUCACUCUGAGCAACACGACUGGGACCAACAUAGCCAUCCUCCGUCUAUCUGCCCAGCCCACCCUGACCGACUACAUCCAGCCCAUCUGCUUGGACAACGGGAGAACCUUCACCGAGGGCUUGGCGUGCUGGGCGGCCGGUUGGAGUCCUGGAAGAGGAGGAGCUGAGGAAGUUAUGCAGCAGUUCAACACCUCGGUGGUAAACUGUGGGAGCUCAUCAUCGAGUGGGAGCAUCUGUACAGACGUGUUUGCACUGCAACAGGGUGAUUCUGGCGGCCCACUGAUGUGUAAGCAGGGCGGCUCUUGGUUCCAGGCGGUCGUGUUAACAGCUCCGAGCCCCUCUGCCAGGAGGAGACGACAAACUCCAGUUAUGACCUUCACCAGAGUGAGCUCCUUUGGUACCUUCCUGACGAAGACGCUGGGGACACUCUUGUCUCCGGCCUCCACGACCACCACCACCAACCCCACCAACGCCUCCAACACCACCACCAACACCACCACAACUACCUCAAACCCUGUAUCACAAAGCAGCGGGGGUCGUCCUGCUCACUCCUUCAUCGUUGUCUUCUUCCAUCUCGUCAGCGUCGUCCUUUGUCUCCAACUCUUCCUGUAGAGAGUCUGACUUGAUCGACAUGAUGUGAUGGACACAGAUGAAUGUGAACAAGCUUCCACUCUAAGACUUUACAGGCUUAAAGCUCUGCCUGCUAAUUUUGACUUGACUCUUAACUGGUUAUCUACAAAGAGCUCAGUGGUGACGUUUGGGCGAGUUUACUGUCGGCUAACGGUGACUUAGGUGCACCACUUCCAAGAAAAGGAAGCUGGUUGUGCAAUGUGUGGCUUGAGCUCUGACUCACAGGGGCCUUGAGCUGGACUCUGGUUUAAGGGUGUAAAAAUGAAGAAGUUCUUUAAACUUGCACUGAACAUUAAACUGUAGCUCAA